UCACCCAUGGAAGACUGUUACUACAGCUGCUAUGCAGAAAUACCCCAAUCCCAUGAAUACCAGCGUAGUUGGAGUUGAUGUUUUGGACCGGCAUGUAGAUACUAAUGGAAAAUUACAUAGCCAUCGGCUGCUGAGUACAGAAUGGGGAAUGCCAUCCAUUGUAAAAUCACUUAUUGGUGCUUGUAGAAUGAGAACCUAUGUUCAAGAGCACUCUGUAGUUGACCCAGUUGAGAAAAUAAUGGAGCUCAAGUCUAUUAAUAUUUCAUUUACCAAUCUGGUGUCAGUAGAUGAGAGACUAAUUUAUAAGCCACAUCCUCAAGAGCCAGAAAAAACUAUUUUGACUCAAGAAGCAACCAUCUGUGUAAAAGGAGUUAGUCUCAGCAGUUACUUAGAAGGACUAAUGGAAAACACAAUUUCUUCUAAUGCCAAAAAAGGACGUGAAGCAUUGGAAUGGGUAAUCAGCAAACUUAAUGCUGAAAUAGAAGAAUUCACUUCUUCAGCAAGAGGAAAUAUGAGAUCUCCAAUGGCAGCGGCAUCCUUUGUGGAUGAAUAGUAUAGAAGCUAUACCAAGUUGUUAGGCCUGACAAUUGGAAAGGAACACUUUCAGGCUUCCUCAAAGCUGGAAAUAUUUAUUCUUAUACCUAUUUAAAAAUAGAUCUGUAGUUUAGAUUUUUAAAUUAAAAUUUUGGAGAGAACUUGCCUAAAUCUGUACAUGAAAGUAACAUGCAUGGCUUUCUGUUGAAUUGUACAUUCCUUAAACUGGAAUGCAGGCAUUCAAGACAGUUCAUGUGUUUGCAGAAUAUAUUCUGGGCACAAGAUUUUGAGCAGUUUGUUACAGGAUUUAGCUUUGAAGAACAAAUUCUAUUACUUGAAAUAGGAUCUAAAGUGCUUUUUUAUAGGCUGUUUUCAUGAAAGUUACCAUUUGCUAACCUGAGAAGUUUGAUAUUUAACAUUCAUGUUUACAGAAGUUUCACCAUUUACAGAGUUUACAGAAAACUUCUGAAUGUGGCAGAAAUUGCAUGCUAUAUAAUUAGAUAUGAACUAAAAGUGGCUUACAAUUUCAGUUUUUCAAAGUCUCUAUUUUGGUAAGAUGGUUAAAUUGUUGAACAGUGCAACUUGUUGAACUUAAAUCAUUUUGGUCUCACAUUUUCUAAGAAUCAGAAAUUGUAUAAUAACUACAUUUAUAGAUAGAAAUCACUCCUCUCUUUUAAAAUGCAUAAUCAUGAUUUAUGUACUCCGGACAACCGAAGUCUCUUAAAUUGUACUUUGUUGUUUCUCUUUACACGCACACACUAUUUUGUUCCUUGCUACAUAUCCAUACUGCCCUACCUACUACCUACAGAAGUAUAGAUACUUCAGAACAAAUACAUUUUAAUUCCAUAAGUAAAAGAAUAGUUCCCUUCCAAUAUCAAAAUAUAGUCCUUUCUUCAUAGGGGAGUAUUUAUAUUUAUUCAAAAACUGGAAAGCUCAAAAAGCCUUUAUGUCUGUGGUGCAGGUACAAUGUAAAAUGUAAGUAUAUUUGAUGAGCAGGACAGUAGUAGAACUCUGGUAUCUGUCAUAAAUGACAAGAACUAAUGAGUUGUAGACAUAUCUUUAAUCUCUGAAUUCAGAUUCCUUUAAUACUUUCAUCUGUGGUGUUUAGCAUGGAAUAUUAAUUUCUUAAGAAUGUCUGUAAAUACUAUACUAUGGACCUGAAGCUAAUUUUAAAAGUUAACAUUUCAGUAGAAGGUACUGAUUCUACUGUGAGGUGAGGUGUGAUUACAAACAUUUACCGAUGCAUUUAAAUGUUAAAUAUUUUUCUAUUGGGUUAUGUUUUGUCUUUUUCAUUUUUAAAAACUGCGAAAACAUUUUAUAGAGACAAUGUUAUUAAAAAAGAUUAAUGUUU